GCCCACUGCCUCCAAUCACAGCCUGGGUUCUCUGGGAUCCAUGUCCCGUGUCAUCUGACCUUACGAGGUUUGACACAGCACAACUAUGGCAGAUUUCAGGAGGUAGCUUUAUUUUUGUCCCAUGAACUUCAGGCAGAUUUUUAAAGCUAUUAGGUUUUGAUUUGCAAGGCACUGCUGUCAGUGCAAGCUGACAAAGACUCGCUGCAUGGUCUGUUGAAUAGUGCGAGAGAGAGGGGAGAGAGAGAGUGUGAUUCAGUUCACAAAAAGGUCGGUACAACACAGGUCACUUGUGACGACUACAGUGCACUCCUAAUUGUUCUGGUGGAUAAAGCUGGAAGACUGCGUCUAAUUUUUUAAACUUCUCUGGAAAACAUUGUUUUGCUACCUGCAGGUUUGAAUGUUUCACAUGAAACAGUAGCAGAUCAGAUUUGUAUAGCUUCACACGAAGGAGAACACCAGCUGCCAGCAAUGACAGGUGAACUCAUUUUGGCCCUGAUUGGCAUACUGUUGAUACACCAGGCCUGUGGAUGCCCGAAAGAGUGCACAUGCAACCUAAAAACUAAAACUGUAGACUGCAGGGGACGAGGACUUAAUGAUAUCCCAACCAGGCUGCAGCCUGACACUCAGGAACUGUACCUGCAGAACAACCAGAUCCAUGCUGUCCACCCCUGGGCCUUCAGGGAAGCAUCCUCGCUGCAGGUGUUGGACUUGUCAAACAACAGUAUUUCCAUCUUAUCCGCAAGCUCUUUUCAAGGACUGCACAGCCUGCUGGUUCUGAACCUUGCAAACAACUCUAUCAGGGAUAUCGAUAGCAAACUGUUCAGCCCCACAAACAGUCUCUCCGAACUGAAUUUGGCCUUUAACAGUAUAGCAAACCUGCCUGGGAACCUGGCGGAGGACUUUACAAACCUCACAAGGCUUUCAGUCCGUCACAACGAGCUGCAGAGGCUGGACAGAACGCUACUGGAGCCCCUCUCCAAACUGCAGGCCUUGUUUUUACACAACAACCCCUGGACAUGUGACUGUCAGGUCAUUGGACUCAAGCUCUGGCUGGAGAGGUUCCUGUUCAAAGGGGGAACAAUUGACGAAAUCCGUUGCUUGCAGCCUGAAGAUCUGGAGGGGACAGACCUUCGUAAAGUCCCCUAUGAAAUGUUCCAGACCUGCCCCUCCGCAAACUACAACUACCCGUUCUCCAACAUCCACCACCGUGACCCUGAGCCCAAGAGUUCCCGCUCUCACGCUCAAGACCAGCCCGCCGGAGACAGUGUUCCGGAGUGUGAACCGAAACAGCGUCCGCAACCAGUCAAUCUCCGCUAUGCCAUCGCUACGGUCGUGAUAACCGCCGUGGUCUGUGGAAUCGUAUGCCUGAUGAUGCUGGCUGCUGCUGUUUAUGGCUGUGCUUACGCAGCCGUUAUGGCAAAAUAUCACAGAGAGCGCAAGAAAAUGGACCAUUUGGCGCCAACUACUGAGCAGGGGUGCCCAGAGGAAAAUGAACCAUUGGAUCGGUCUCUUGCAUAACUAUUGCUUUUUAUACUGUAUAUAAAAAAACAAACGACAGCAUUUACAGACUGUCACAAACUUCACCUGGUAGCACUGUAGCACUAUUUUACAGACUGUUCGUAUCAACUGCAUGUAAAUAUGAUGUAAAAUAUAUAUUACGAGAAAGAUUAAAAGUUAAUAAAUAAAAUGUACCUUUGCUUUUGUUUACAUACUAACAUAAGGAAUGGUAG